AUGAAGGUUCUCACCCUCAACUUCGUCACCUGCGCCGCAAAGGCAUGCAAGAGCUCAUCCGAUUCAUACCCUCUGCACCCCAAAGACGCCGAACUAGUCCAGGACGAAAUCGACCUCAACCCCGACAUGAUCAUCAACGUGCUGCCGCGCCUGGACUGGGCGGCGCUGAGAACCACUUCCUCCGAGCUCGGGUUCCCGGACCUGCCGGAGCAGGCGCCAAGCGCGGAGCAGCUGCGGGCUGACGAGAAGAUGCUGAAGGAUCUGCACCACUUGCUGCUGGAGACGCAGAUGGCGGAGGGGAAGCUGGUGUGCGCGAGCUGCGGGCACGAGUACCAUGUGAAGGAGGGGAUUGCGAACUUUCUGCUGCCGAGUCAUUUGGUUUGA